AUGAGGCCGCUGCUCCGCCGCCCCGAGUCCCGCUGUUUGCUGAGGGCCGCGGGGCUGAUAGGCCCGACCCCGGCCCACAGCCCGAGCCUCGGCCGCACCCGAGAGGCCGAGCACCGGACAGAUGCGGCAUCAAUGAGUAGUUUUGAUUAUUUGAAAGCUGUACAGCCUCGUCCCCCUAUACGUUCUCAUUCCCGUUACCAGUCUGUCUACAACACCAGAAGCCAUUGCCGACCUUCAGUGGAAGCAUGCCGAUUAUGGUUAGAGUUGCCAGAGGAGCACAAAGUGUUGCUGGGUUCUACCACUCACACAAACGAUUCAAUCCAGUGGAUCAACAGGAAUAUGAAUAGAAUAUGGCUGGCUCUUUCUGAGGCUCCUCUUCCUACUACAGUACGUCAGCAAAUUAAAAAGUCCCAAAGGAGCCCCACAAAGUUUGGCUUGUGCAGCAAAAUAGCAAAGCAUACAUAUGUCCUGUUGGAGAGUUUGAUAACCCCAAUAACUAAAAAUCACAGUCAUGAGGCCAAGCCGAAGCCUGAUGUCAGUUUACGUUCUAUUUCAAAGACCUCUCGCAAGUCUUGCUUACAGGAAUUGUCUACCCCAGUGAGCUGUGCAGUUGAUUUGAAUGAGUUGGAAGUUGAAGAAAGUCAAGCACUGAAGGAGAUUACACCAGAGGAAAGUGUGCACAUAAAGAUAAAGAACCGUAAGCAUUCGGCUGAAGUAAAGAUCAAAGAGCACCAGCCCCAAAGGAGGAGAAAUCUUUCAACACAUUUAUCAAAAGUAUCACCUGUCCACCCUCCUAGUAAAAGCUUCACCAGUAAGACAGCCAACAGCCCCAAAGCAAAUGGCAACACUGGUUACUUUUCUGCAUGGGGCAUAGAAGAUGAUGAGAAAGAGGCUGACAAUGUCCAGUCAGUGAAGCUCCCUUGCCCUAUGAAUACUGCAAUUGUUGAAGUGUCUUCACACCAAACAGUGCCCAAUUCAUCAGAAAUAUACCAGAAUUCCAGCACCAACACUGAGAACCAAAAAGAAGAAAACUUAAUCUCUCCUUCCAAGUCAACUCAGUCCGACAAAGUCAAAACAGAAAAAUAUAAAACCUUUGUAACACGGGGUAAGCAGAGAGCCGACAUUCUUUCUGGGCUUGAAACGCAAGUCAAAGCACCAAAUUCUACUGUGCUUGGAGAUCUCAAUAUCUGCAUUGAAGUUGAUACUCCUAAAUCACCAGAGAAGAAAUGGACUUGUGAUACAUGUCUGGUUUCAAAUAAAGCUCUGGCAGAGAGAUGUGAGGCCUGUGAAACCCCAAAAUAUGGAGUGGGAAUGAAAAGAUUAUGGAUCCCACCAGUUGUAGGAGUUGAAGAUCUGCACUCAUCUGGCAGAGCCCAUGAAGAGAUUUCCCAAUCAAACGACCUCAGCACUAAUGUGUGUGGGUUUGAGAAUGGAAGAUUAGGAAUUAUUCAGAACGCUAGUGUAGCAGCAAUAUCGAUGGCUUCAGUGGCCUCGUCAGUCUCUCAGAUGACUUGCGGUACUUGUCCAGUUACAGAAAUCAAUUCUGUAAGCGAUACCUCACCACUGAGCAGCACAGGUGCAAGAACGACAACAGGACUUGUUCAACGAAGUGCACAGUGUUCAACAUCUGAGGAAAACGUGCCUUCUUCAAAUUCAGCCUCACAGGCAGUUGGGCAGCUUUCACAGCCGGAGCAGAAAUCUCACCUUUCCCAGGCGGCACAGCUUUCACAGCCACCCAAGUACAUGCUGUUUAAACCAAUAGAGGUCCCAAGUGACGUUCAGUCUCCCUGUGAGCAACCCUCCAAACUUCCUGAGCCUGAGGUGAACCUCAGUGAGAGCACACUGGGGAAAGUAGAAAGGAUAAAGCCCUCGAGCUGGAUGGCAUCAGCGUCAACUUCAACUGCUCCUGAUGGCAAAUUGCCUGGAAAUACAGCAGCGACUACAGUCUUGCAUCCCGCAAAGACAUCUCACGAAAAUGCCUGCUUGGGUAGAGGGGAGCGAAGAAAAAGUGUCCGGGAGGAUGGUGAUUCACUUGAUCCAGAUGAACCUGUAGCAAAGCGAUGUUUCAGACUCCAAGACUCAUCCAUCACCACAAGUACAUCACUCCCCUCAAUGGCAUCUUUUCCAGCAGUUUUUGGUCUGCCCACUUACUCUACCACAAGCAGCAACGCAGCACCACCCGCAUUUUGCUUUGGUGCAUCAAACAAGUCUGAUAUGAACACAGGAGCAAUGUCCUAUAUGCCUUCACAAGCCUUACCUUUUGCCUUUGGACACUACAGUGAAUUAGGCAGCAACAACACCUCUUCUGCUGGGACAUACACCACCUCUGCCUCCAACAGCAACUUCACCCCUGUCUUUGGACAAAUGAGCUCAGCUUUGUCUCCUGCCCCAUUUAACUUGGGAAUGGCUAAUGCCAGUAUCCCUGGCAAUCCUGUCCAGUUUUCAUUUGCUGGGCCUGGUUUCCAAUUUUCUGGUAAUUUGGUUCCAAAUUUUAAUUUUGGCUGUUCCAGCAAUAAUGCAGUCUUUCGCUUUGGAGCAAAUGAGAGCAGUCAGUCUACGACCAAUGAGGGUUUCAAUUUUGCACCUUUGUCACUACCUACCUUCACUACCGGGACACCAAGACAGCUGAACACACAAUCCGCCAGUUCCAUCUCCCACCGAAAGAUAAAAACUGCUGUGCGUAAACGAAGGUGAAAUUCCUAAUAAAGCUCCUCUUGCGAGCACCUAGUUGGCAUCAGCAUUGCACACUGUUUUUUGGUUUCCAUUCAUUUAAUUGCUGCUGCAUACUGAAUAUAAAAGCUAAAGGUUGUACUUGUUUGUUUUACCAGUUAUUUCAGAUGUCUUGUGUAAGGCUGAAGAACAGAACUCAGUUGUGCCAGAGCAAAAUGAUUCCAUUUAACAAAUUCUUGCUGGCAACAUUUAUUAAAAGAUUGACAUUUGUUGUGUAUUUUUCUAAAUGGGGAAGAAAUUACAGAUAAAUAUUGUAAGAUAUGUAUAUUUUUAUCAGAUGAAAUUAGUCCUAUCCCUACUCGAGGCUUGGGAGAUAUUCACUCUUUGUUUAUUUAAUGAAAUUGUAUAAUAAAAAAGUUAAUGAUGUGAAAAUAUGGCUAUGCUUUUAAGGAGCAAACUCGGGCUUUGAUUUACUUAUGGUUAGUUUAUCCCUACAUAAUUCCUUUUUCAGUUUUUAUUUUAAUAAGUGAUGUACAUGCAUUUAUUUGAUUUCUUUGAUAAUUUCUGAGCUCUGUUUCCUAAGAGCUGGUUAUGCAAAUAUGUGUUUAUUGGUAGCAAAGGUUCAGGCUACAUAGCUUAAGCUGAAUACCAGAGGACUUUAUCAUUGUGUUUACAGUAAAAGCAGUUAGCAAAGCAACCUAUAUGAGGGCUUGAAGAUCCUUGGCCCCUUUUUGGAUUUCUGGAUCUGUUCUGUUUGAAUUGAAUUGGUUCUAGUUUGUUAAUAUUGUACUUGGAUUUUUUUUUACACUUUGCUAAAAGUCUUGAUCUUACUAAAAGAGCUGCUUUUUGUUAUAUUAUCUUGCCUCAUGUGUAUCUUGUGUUUAGAAUGUCACAUAGGUGUAAAAUGCUAUCGAUGACCCAAAAAAUAAAGAUCAAA